AAAAAACUCAAAAUUGGUAUUCCCAAGCUAUAGUCGAGUGUUGUGGUGGACUGGUGGUGCUGUGAGUGGCACUCCAUUGGCAGCUGAAAUGGCGCAUAUUGAAGAGCCGCAGUUACAGAAGCAAGAAGAAGAGCACCUCGAUGUUCUAACCAAGUCCGGCCAAAAAACCGGCGUCUCGAAGCCCAGAGGCCACGUUCAUCGCGAUGGGGAUUACCAUCGAGCUGUUCACGUUUGGAUUUUCGCUGAGAGCACACAGCAGCUUCUCCUCCAACGCCGUGCCCUAUGCAAAGAUUCUUGGCCUGAUUUGUGGGACAUCUCCAGCGCCGGCCACAUCUCCGCCGGCGAUUCCUCCCUUGAAACCGCUCGAAGGGAGCUCGAGGAAGAGUUAGGUGUGACACUUCCAAAGGAUGCUUUCGAACUGAUUUUUGUUUUCCUCCAAGAAUGUGUCAUAAAUGAUGGAAAGUACAUCAAUAAUGAAUAUAAUGAUGUGUAUCUUGUGACAACUAUUGAUCCAAUUCCUCUGGAAGCUUUUACACUUCAGGAAGCAGAAGUUUCUGCUGUUAAAUAUAUCUCUUAUGGAGAGUAUAAACUGUUACUGGCCAAAGGAGAUUCAGAGUAUGUCCCUUAUGAUGUUGAUGGACAAUAUGGUCAGCUUUUUGAUAUCAUUGAAAAGAGGUACAACGAGAACACUGUAGCACGCAGUUUGAGUCUACAAAAGCAACUAAGUCGUUAUGCUCCCAUUUCCCUGAGUGCAGAGUUGACAGGGCUUACAGAUUCAGAUAAGGACACUCUUGCUUAUGUUGUGAAGGCUGCAAUGGUUAUGGAUGAAAUUUUUUAUCUUCAGUCCUGGUACAGUAAUCCGGUUCUUAGAGAUUGGUUGAAGGAGCAUGCUGGUACAUCGGAGUUAAAUAAGUUGAAAUGGUCUUAUUAUCUGAUUAACAAGAGCCCUUGGUCUUGCCUUGAUGAAGAUGAGGCAUUUUUGACAACUGCAGAUUCGGCAAUUAGGUUGCUUUCUGAAGAAAAUGGGAAAGUAAACAACUGGAGGGGUCUGGAAUACAGGGCAGCAUUUCCCAUGUCAAAACCUCCCGGUGCUAAUUUCUACCCUCCAGACAUGGACAAAAUGGAGUUUGAAAUAUGGAAGGACAGUCUAAAAAAGGACCAACAGAAGGAGGCAACAGGCUUUUUCACUGUUAUUAAAAGGCACAGCGAAUCUAUUUUAAAUUCUCAUCCACAUGGUAACAAAACUAGUGCUACUCAUGAUCUAUAUAUAGUUCCUUACUCUGAAGAAUACAAGGCUCUCCUUACAAAGGCUGCUGAUUUAUUGCAUAAAGCUGGGAACACUACUAACUCACCAAGUUUGAAGAGGCUGCUACAUAGCAAGGCUGAUGCUUUUCUGUCAAACGACUAUUAUGACUCAGAUAUAGCAUGGAUGGAAUUGGACUCUAAGUUAGAUGUUACAAUUGGGCCAUAUGAAACUUAUGAGGACAAGCUUUUUGGAUAUAAGGCUACCUUUGAAGCGUAUAUUGGAAUCAGGGACGAUGAAGCAACAGCUCAAUUGAAACUCUUUGGUGAUAAUCUGAAGCUUCUGGAAGAAAAUCUCCCAAUGGAUAGUGCAUACAAAUCAAAAGAUGUGAAUGCAGCUCCUAUACGAGUUAUACAACUUAUCUAUAAUGCUGGGGAUGUCAAGGGGCCGCAGACUCUUGCUUUCAAUCUACCCAAUGAUGAACGUAUUGUAAAUGACAGGGGAACAUCAAUGGUCAUGCUUAAGAAUGUUUCAGAGGCUAAGUUCAAGCAUAUUCUUCUUCCUAUAGCUGCUGCCUGUGUUGCUGUGGAACAACAAGAAUUUGUAGAUUUUGAAUCAUUUUUUACUCAUACAAUUUGCCACGAAUGCUGCCAUGGAAUUGGACCUCAUACCAUAACUCUUCCAGAUGGUCAGAAGUCUACUGUGAGAUUGGAAUUGAAAGAGUUUCACUCAGCUCUGGAAGAAGCAAAAGCUGAUAUAGUUGGUCUCUGGGCAUUGAGGUUCUUAAUCUCCCAGGAUUUGCUUUCUGAAAGUUUAUUGAAGUCCAUGUAUGUUUCUUUUCUUGCUGGAUGCUUCCGCUCAGUACGUUUUGGUUUAGAGGAAGCUCAUGGAAAAGGGCAAGCAUUGCAGUUCAACUGGUUAUAUGAGAAAGGAGCAUUUAUCUUGCAUUCAGACAACAAAGUGUCUGUUGAUUUUUCCAAGAUUGAAGGUGCGGUUGAAAGCCUAAGCAGAGAGAUACUCACCAUACAAGCCAAAGGUGAUAAAGAGGCUGCUGGUUUACUUCUCCAGAAAUACAGUGUGAUGACAGAACCACUAAAAAUUGCGCUGAAAACGUUGGAAAAUGUUCAGGUACCUGUUGACGUAGCUCCAACCUUUCCCAUUGCCAAUGAAAUAUUGCACUGAAGUUACGGAAUGCUGUCUCCCCUCUUAUUCUGUACUCGAUGAGAUGCAGUGGCCAAUUUGGCUUAGUGUGUUUGUGCGGAAAUUGAAGUGAAAAUGUUCACGUGUUCAGAUUUGAGAACAAAAGGGAGAAUUGUCAUUCACGAGCUGAGGUGAACUCAUCGUCAGAAGAGCAUAAGCAAAGGUUGGAGCCCCGGUCGUGAAUAAAUGUAUUGAAUAAUUAGCCGAAUAAGCACCCAUGCCCUGUAUAAUCUGAUGGUUAAUUACAUGAUAACCGAAAAAGGAAAACUGAGGUCAGUUAUUAUAUUGUGCA